GAGUAUUCUCGAUUAGACAAUUAGAAUUCUCGAACAAUAGAAGCCGGAGCUCGAGUUCCUCGAUCUUUACCUACCUGAAGUCUCUCGAUCAGAAGAGUGUCAAAUUCCUAUGAUAUCAAUGAUUAUUGAGGAUAUAUUUACAAAAUCAAAUCUCUUCAAUGAAUCUCUAUCUACCUAAGCAAGUCAAUUAUGAUUGAUUACAAUUAUCGUUGUUGCACGGAAUCCAGUCGCAUUUGGUCCCGGUCACUCGUAACAGCAACCACAUCGGUAUUUCGUAGAUUCCCGAGUAUUGCCUUUACAUACCUAAGGAACUUUAAAUCCCCCCAACAACAGAAUUGACGACAGAAUUACUACCAUUACAAGUGAAAACACUCCAUGGUACCCAAAUACAACAGUCUCAUAUAGCCAUUUGAUCGCAACUCGCAUCUUUCAUCUACAAAAUGUCGUUUGGAGGGGACAUCGGACUCGAUACAACAUCGUCGUCCAAUGCUGCUGGUAAUGGCGGCAACCAGGGCGAGACAACUGGAAGACCUGCCACCCCUCAAGAUGCAACCGCAAAAGCAGUUCAAGAUGUCACAAGCUCGGAGAUUGGAAUAUCAACCUUGUUAACCCGACUGAAACAAAGUAUUGCUUCCGCAAAGGAAUUCGCACUUUUCCUCAAGAAACGGUCCAUCAUGGAAGAGGAACAUUCGAACGGUUUAAAAAAGCUGUGUAAGGCAACCGGGGAUAAUAUUCGCAGACCAGAGCAUCGACACGGAUCGUUUCUACAGUCAUACGAAGAGGUCCUCAUUAUACACGAGCGAAUGGCCGAGAAUGGGGCUCAAUUUGGCGUGUCUCUACAUCAGAUGCAUGAGGAUCUUAUCGAAAUGGCUUCGAACAUAGAGAAGGGCAGAAAGCAUUGGAAGAAUACUGGGUUGGCAGCAGAACAACGUGCUGCUGAUACCGAAGCUGCCAUGAAGAAGUCGAAGGCGAAGUACGACUCUCUGGCAGACGAGUAUGAUAGAGCUCGCACUGGGGACAGGCAACCAGGAAAGAUUUUUGGCCUCAAGGGCCCCAAAUCGGCAGCGCAACAUGAAGAGGACCUUCUUCGCAAAGUCCAGGCUGCCGAUGCAGAUUAUGCGUCCAAGGUACAAGCUGCGCAAAGCCAACGAACCGAGCUCUGGUCAAAAUCAAGACCUGAGGCUGUGAAAGCUCUAGAAGAUCUCAUUCAAGAAUGCGACUCUGCAUUGACAUUGCAGAUGCAGAAGUUUGCAUCCUUUAACGAAAAGCUACUUUUGAGCAAUGGCUUGAAUAUAAGCCCUAUCAAAGGAAAAGAGCAAGGGACAUUAAAUCGCAGUCUCCGUGAAGUUGUUCACGCAAUUGAUAAUGUUAAAGACCUGAGCAACUACAUCAGUAGCUUCUCUGGUAACAUGCAGUCCCGGAUCACGGAAAUCAAAUAUGAGCGUAAUCCGGUUUUGCAACCCGCACAAAAUACCGCUCAGCGACAAUCGGAUCCCAACGCUCUCCAAGCUCGACAAGGACCCGUAAUACCACCACAGCCAUCUCACCAAGUUCAUAUGAGCCAACCUUUUAAUCAAAGCAGUCCCCCAACUCACCAGCGCGAAAGAAGCUUUAGCCAUGGCCCAUCUCUUUCGCAACACAUCGUUGCACCUGUUGUAUCGCCCACUAACCCAAUAUCCACCUCUCCCGACUUCAAUACCUGGUCACCUCGUGCAGAUGGCCCCCCCCAGAUAUCAACCUUGCCAUUUCAGCCACAACCUCAAAACGAGACACCAAUACAACAGACACCACAAAACCCUACAACGCAUGCACCAGUGUCCCAUGGCCCAUCCUCGGCACCACUAUUCGGAGCGGGAUCGGCUCCAGCUCCAGGCAACAGCACUCAUCUAGCACCUUUGAAACCAGUGUUUGGACUCAGCCUCGAGGAACUCUUUGACAGAGAUGGCUCUGCUGUUCCAAUGAUUGUCUACCAGUGUAUUCAAGCAGUUGACCUCUUUGGGCUCGAGGUCGAAGGAAUAUACCGGCUAUCUGGUACCGCAUCUCAUAUAAUGAAGAUCAAGGCAAUGUUCGAUAACGACGCAUCUAAGGUGGACUUCCGUAACCCGGAAAGCUUCUUUCACGAUGUCAAUAGUGUGGCUGGUCUUCUCAAACAGUUCUUCCGCGAACUCCCAGACCCUUUAUUGACUAUCGAGCAAUAUCCUGCAUUUAUCGAGGCUGCAAAGCAUGAUGAUGAAAUAGUCCGUCGCGACUCUCUACAUGCGAUCAUCAAUGGCCUUCCUGAUCCCAAUUACGCUACUCUUCGAGCCUUGACUUUACAUUUAAAUAGAGUACAGGAGAGUUCGGCAUCUAACAGGAUGACUGCAAGCAACUUGGCCAUAGUAUUUGGCCCUACACUCAUGGGUGCUAAUUCAGGACCGAACAUGUCAGAUGCUGGGUGGCAGGUUCGUGUCGUUGACACUAUUUUGAAAAACACUUAUCAGAUAUUUGACGACGACUGAGGCGAAGAAGAUUGUCGAUUGACUUGAAGAGUUCUUAACGAGAUACCAUAGCUGCUCAUAUUAUGAACCUGCCUUUGGAACAGAAACAAGGGCAGGGAAUUCCUAGCAUCAGACCUCUAUUUGCCGACAAGACAUUCUAAAGAAAGUACAUGCCACUGUAUUUCGAAUACUAUUAUUGUAAGGCACGGGCCUGUUGACAAAUAUUUACGGUCUAUCAAGCGAGUGUACGUCAGGGGGUGGUCUACACCACGAUCGAUUUUGUAGGGUCAUGUGCUCAGCUCUGAUGCCAGUAUUGGUGCAACUAUUGAAUCAAAAGGGUACCAAGGUUUCAAUACUCGUUAAUUUUGGAUCACGAAAAGAUCA